CAUCAUGAGGAUGUUGUGUCCAAAUUUGGAUAAUGAAGAUGGUCUUGAAACCGUCCUCGAGGUCCCUAUACCGGAAGAGAGCUAUGAUGCCAUCCCUUGGCAAAACACGAAUAGGAUCACUACCCCUCAUUCUACCGAGUAUGGUACUCGAAAUGCUGAGAUUCAACUCUUGCUUGGUGUCGUUGGAGCUCCUCUCAUUCCUCUUCCUAUAUCUUGUGAUAAGUCUUCCGACAUCAACCCAAAUAUCAAUAACCAUCCCAUGGAGGCUUCAAUGGCAAAAUAUAUUGUGCAACAAUAUAUAGCCGCAACGGGAGGGGAACAUGCAUUGAAUUCAAUUGACAGCAUGUUUGCGGUCGGGAAGGUGAAGAUGGUGGCAUCAGAGUUUAUAGCUGGAGACGGUAUAAGCAUGAAUUGUAAUGGUUUGAGUAUUGGUGGUAGUGUGAUGAAGAUCAAAAGUGUUAGAAAUGGUGGCGGUGAAAUGGGUGGUUUCGUGUUGUGGCAAAAGAGGCCUGACCUUUGGUCGUUAGAACUAGUGCUUUCUGGUUGCAAGAUCAGCGCGGGUAGCGAUGGGAAGGUCGCAUGGAGGCAAACUCCAUGGCAUCAUUCCCACGCGUCCCGUGGACCUCCACGACCUCUCCGCCGGUCACUACAGGGUCUUGAUCCAAAAUUGACAGCCAGAUUGUUCAUGAACUCCGUGUGCACCGGAGAAAAGAACAUCAAUGGAGAAGAUUGUUUUGUGUUAAAGCUUGAAGCAGAGCCUUUAUCUCUAAAACAAAGAAGUAGUAACAAUGUGGAGAUCAUAAACCACACUAUUUGGGGACACUUUAGUCAAAAAUCCGGCCUUUUGUACCAUCUUAAAGACUCGCAUCUCAUUAGAAUCAAAGCCCAUGGAAAUGACAAUGUGUUUUGGGAAACAACCAUGGAAUCACUAAUCGAAGAUUACCAAACCGUUGAAGGAAUCAACAUUGCCCAUGGUGGUAGAACCAUAGUUUCAUUAUAUCGGUCUGGUGAGAAUGAAGGCCAGUCAAGAACGAAAAUGGAAGAGGUUUGGACUAUUGAGGAGUUGGAUUUUAACAUAAAGGGUCUUUCCAUGGACUGUUUCUUGCCACCUAGAGACUUAAAAGUAAGUCCUGAUCAAGAAACCGGUGAAGUUGUGAUUAGCAACACAAGAAAUGCCCAAUUAGCCACAAAAAACAGAGGCGUUUAUUCAAAGAUAGCUGCUUCUAAGGUUGUGGAUUUUGAUCCUCAGACAUUUGGAAACUAUCGUCGGACUUGAAGGCUUGUGACAUUGUUGUCUUAACUUCUCUUGUCUAGUUAUGUACAUAUGCAAAUAGUGUUGUGACCUACAGUAUAGAAAGUAAUGUUUUACUAUAAGCUUAUGAACUGCUUGCUUGUUAUAGACCAUAUAUACAAGUUUCUUGUUUUUGUUAAGUUUGUACUGAGUCCUAAUGUGAAGGAAAUGAUCAAUU